AUGGUCAUUCAGGAUAAUAAGAGUAACAAACUUAUUAGUCAUGAUGAUCCCAUCGCUCAACGCCAAGCCGAAAGAAAAAAAGAAUUGAAAAAAGUACAACUGUACAUAGAGGGCAUGUCUUGUGCCUCUUGUGUAGCCAAGAUUGAAAAUCAAGUCAAUAAAUUAGAUGGUGUUCAUUCAACUGCUGUUACACUAUUGUCCAAGAAAGGUGUUGUAGAAUUUGAUGAAACCAAAAUAACCAACGUUGAGAUUGCAAAACAAGUCGAAAAGCUUGGUUUUGAUGUAGAAGUUAAAGAAAUUUUCGAUAAUUAUCAAUAUGCUGAAUUACAGAUUACUGGUAAGAAAUCACAAACGAUCGAUGUUGAAAAGACUUUGACAGAACUGCCCGGCGUAAUCACUGCCAAGCUAUCACCGAAUAGUAACCGUUGUACUGUUCAGUAUGAGCCUAAUCAAACCGGACUGAGAUUUAUUGUUGAGCAAUUGAAGAUCAAUGGUAUAGAGCCAACUUUAGUACAGACGUCAUAUCGUCAAAAAUCGGUCGAUUAUACUGUAGCUGUCAAGAAAUGGAGGAAUUCAUUUCUAGUAGCAUUUAGUUUUGGAUUACCGGUUAUGAUAAUAAUGAUAACUUUUAUGAUUCUGGGAAAGAAACACGAAAUCAUGAUUGUGCCUGGACUUUCAUUAGAAAAUUUGUUAUUAUUUUUAUUGUGUACUCCAGUGCAGUUUGUUAGUGGUAAACAGUUCUAUAUCUUAUCAUGGAAAGCCAUGAAGAAUAAAACGACGAAUAUGAGUGUUUUGAUUGCAAUGGCAACUAGUAUCGCUUAUGUAUAUUCUAUAAGCAUACUCCUUGUCGCUAUGGCGAACAAUGCAACAACAAGUCCCAGAACAUUUUUUGAGACUCCUCCUAUGCUAAUUACAUUUAUUGCCUUAGGAAAGUGGCUUGAGAACUUGGCUAUGAGGAAAACCGGAGAUGCAAUACAUGAACUACUAUCUAUGCAACCGGCUGAUGCAACGUUAAUCGAAGAAGACAAUAAUAAUAAUGUUAUAUCGGAAAAUGUCAUUAGUGUCGAAUUAGUACAAGUUAACGAUCUGUUAAAAGUAUUACCAGGAGCUACAAUACCUGUUGAUGGCAAAGUAACUCGAGGAUCAUCAAGCGUAGACGAGUCGCUAAUAACUGGAGAAUCUCUACCAGUAUAUAAAACUCCUGGUGACGAAUUAACUGGCGGCACUAUUAAUCAAACAGGGCAUUUAGUUAUGAAAGCUUCGCGUGUAGGAUCAGGCACCACAUUGUCUCGUAUCAUUCAAAUGAUAGAGGAUGCAGAAAGCUCAAAGGCCCCAAUGCAAAUGCUCGCCGAUCAAAUUGCUAGUUAUUUUGUUCCAGGUAUUCUGGUACUUUCUUCGUUGACACUUCUCGUGUGGAUCAUAAUUGGCUACAGUAAUAUAGAUUUAUUUAUUGGUGAUACAUUCAGGGGCCAUAAUGUAAACGGCAGCCGCAGCGAAGCUGUAUUCCAAUUUUCAUUCUUAUGCAGUAUAUCAGUUUUAGCGAUUGCUUGUCCUUGUGCACUUGGAUUAGCGACUCCUACCGCAAUCAAAGUGGGUACAGGAUUGGGGGCAAAAUUUGGUAUCUUAAUCAAAGGUGGAAAGCCAUUAGAAAUUGCUCAUCGAAUUCGAACUGUAGUAUUUGAUAAAACUGGAACAUUAACUCAUGGCAAGCCAAAGGUCGUAAUGGUUUCUGCAAGCGAGCAAGUAAGACGUGGUAUUUCUUCAGAAAAGUUAUUAAUUGCUCUUGCUGGAAGUGCAGAAUCCAAUAGUGAACAUCCAAUUGGCCAAGCCAUAUAUGCAUACGCAAAAGAGAUAUUCAAUCGCGAGAUCUUAGGACAGUGCAGCGAUUUUAUUGUUGCACCUGGAUUUGGACUAAAAUGCCGUGUAUCAAACAUAGAACAAUUUAUUGGUAAGUUUCCUUUUAGCAUUACUAUUCUGGCUGCAAAUCCUGGAUCAAAAUCAAAAGCGGAUGACAAUUAUGAAAUUUUAAUUGGCAAUAGAAGAUGGAUGGCAGAAAAUAACAUCAAUAUAAAUAGUGCUAUUGAUAAUCAAUUAAUAUCUCAGGAAAUUCUCGGGAGAACGGCUGUUAUAGUUGCGAUGAAUAGCAUGGUAAUAGGUAUCAUUGCUAUUGCUGAUACCGUUAAAGAUGACGCAAAAAUUGCUGUUAAUAAGCUACGCGAGAUGGGACUAAAAGUUGUCAUGUUGACCGGUGACAAUAUCAGAACUGCUAAGGCAAUUGCAGAAGAACAGGUAAAUAUUGUUGAUGUCUAUGCUGAGGUAUUACCUGAACAAAAAAUAGAACACGUAAAGGAGAUUCAGGAAGAUAGUAAUGAAGCAGUAGCGAUGGUUGGAGAUGGAAUUAAUGAUUCACCCGCCCUAACUCAAGCUGAUGUUGGAAUUGCUAUUGGAUCUGGAACUGAGGUAGCAAUUGAGGCAGCUGACAUCAUACUAGUAAAGGAUAAUUUGCUAGAUGUCGUUGCUGCAAUUCAGUUAUCACGAGCAACUAUUUCUCGAAUUCGAUAUAAUUUCUUCUAUGCAAUUAUUUAUAACAUGAUUGGAAUUCCCAUUGCGGCGGGUUUUCUUCAACCUUUAGGCGUAAUUCUACAACCGUGGAUGGCAAGCGCUGCUAUGGCUGCAUCGUCGGUAUCGGUGGUGGCUUCGUCGUUAUGGUUGAAAAGGUAA